AUGAGGGUUUUUAUUUUAAUUUUAUACUUAUGGUACUUAAAUUAGCUUUUAUUAAUUUUGACUAUAAAUUAUAGUUAAUUUGGUUAUUAUGAACAUGUUUUUGGUUAAUUUUAGUUACUUGAAUUAAAAAUUUAAAGAAAAUCUUUGUUUUUUAAUCAAUAAUAUAUUUAUUUCUAAAAUCUCUUCUUAUAAAAACAAAUGAAUAAAAUUAUUCAAGAUAAAAAUUACCAAACUUAACAAUUUGAAGAAAUUACAUCAUUAAUAUAUAAAAUAACAGAUAGGUAGUCAAAAUUUGCAGAACUUCAUAAUUAAGUUGAGGAAAGUAUUUAGAAAAUAAUCAAUGUUAGUUAGAAAUAAUUUGAAAAAGUUAUAAAAAAGAAAUAGAGAGAAUUUAGAUAAAUUGUAUAAGAUCAUGAUGAAAGAAUUAAAAAAAUAACAUAGGAAUAUCAUAUUUCUUAAAACAACUAAAUUUUAUAGUAAAAUUAAAAGAAAUUAGAAUAUAUAUAAAUAUUUGAAUCUCUGUAUUAUGAAUAUUAGUAAUUUAUUGCAUUUUUUGAUCAUGAUUAAUAGGCUGAAAAUAAUAAUUAUAUAAUGAUGAUUUAUGAUAUAUUAACAGAUAAUUAAGUGUUUCAUGAAGAUUAAAGAUUGAAUUAAUCACUUUUGAAUGAGUAUAUAAAACAAAAUAAAAUGAAUAAAAUUUUAUCUCUUCAUGCUUCACUUAAAUUAGUAAUAUCCUAAUUAUAAAAAAUUGAAGAAAACUUUAAAUUAUCAAAAAAUAACAGCAAAAAUAUAUAAUAUCUAAAUUCUCUUAAUGAAAGGUUAAAAGCAUUUAUUGAAAAUCUUAAAUAUGGUUUAAAUAAAUUAGAUAUACUUUUAUAAGAAAUUUAAGUGAACAAUGAAGACUAAAAAGAAUUAGAUUCUAGAAUUCAUUCUAAUCUCAUCUUGAUUAAUUAAGUAAUAAAGAAUCAUUAAGAUAAAAAAAUGAUAGAAUAUGAAGAUUUAAAUAAAACUAAUGAAAAUCUCAUUAAAAUAAUUAAUCGACUUUCAGAAAUUAAUUAUAAAUUAAAAUUAUAGUAGAAAUAGAAUUAUGAAGAUGUAUAAUUAUUGAUGGAAUUGUAUUAUCUUACAAAUGAUAAAACACCAUCUCUAUAACCAUUAUCUAGAAAAAGUACUAUAAAGUUAACUAAACCUAUAUCUUAUUAGAGAACUAGAAUCUACUCUGAAACAAAAAAAGAAGUUCAUUUUGAUUUAUCUUCUCGAAAUUCAAUAAAAGAGAUUAAUUUUGAAUCAUAAGUUCUUUAUUAAUCUCCUCUUAUAAUUUAACCAUAAAUAGUCAAUCAACCUACUAUAACAGAUGUAUCUCUCUUUACUUCUGGAUAAAGUCUAAACAAAAUAAAAACUUUGAAAUAUUUUGAUAAAUAAUGGACUUCCAAACAUCAAACUAAUGUGGAUAAAAAAACUGCCAUUCCAAUUAAAUGUCAAUGUCCUCCCUAAUGUUCAUGUCAAGGUUUAUUAAUAAAAUAAAUUCAUACAUGCAACAAAUAAUUAUAUAUCAACUCAAUAGGUCAGCUUAUAUGUUAAUAAUGUAUUUUUACUUAAAACAUAUAAGAUUAUAGUUUCUAUUGUCCUCAUACAAGAACAAAAAAUAAAUUUAAAACUAGUAAAGAUUUUUUAGAAGCUUUUUGGUAACAUAUUAAGACCUUAACAAUAAAUUAAUAAAUUGUUGAUUUUUGGAAUCAUUUGUAAUUAAGCUGUCAAUAAAUGUUUUAGAUAAAUUCAUUUCCCACUCUAGAAAUCUAAAAUAUUAUUAAUUUUAUUGGAUUCUGCCCUGCUUAAUGCAAAUGUAUCCAUAAAUAAAGUAGAUAACAAUAUCAUUAAUGUCAAAAUUAACUGUAUAUUACAUCAGAUGGACUCAUUCAUUGUAAAAAAUGUAAUUUUUAAGGUGAUACAAAGUAAUAUUUUUAUUACUGUCCAGACACGAAAACAUUUAAUAUUUAUAGAAGUGGGGAAGAGUUUAUUUAGUCAUUGGAUUUCAUACUUGAGACUGGAAAUUAAUAAUAAUUUAACAAUUAAUUAAUUUAAUAAUUAAGAUUAAAAAUUCCUUCUGUUUUAUGGGAAUGA